AUGCCGAAAGCAAGCAAGAUGCGGAACGGCGGCGGGCCUGCCUCGCCUUACGCCAAAAACAACACCAAAAAGCCCGCCACCGCGAACAACAUGUCAAAUGCCAUCUUCAAAAUGAACACUGAUCUUGGCCAACACGUGCUCAAGAAUCCUGGAGUCGCGUCCGCCAUCGUCGAAAAAGCCGGCUUGAAGCAAUCCGACAUUGUGCUAGAAGUCGGUCCUGGAUCAGGCAAUCUGACGGUAAAAAUCCUCGAAAAGGCCAAGAAAUGCAUCGCCGUCGAGCUGGACCCACGCAUGGCGGCUGAAGUCACCAAACGUGUGCAGGGAACGCCGAUGGCGAAGAAGCUAGAUGUCGUGCUUGGCGACGUAAUGAAGACGGAGUUGCCAUACUUCGACGUCUGUAUCAGUAAUACGCCGUACCAGAUUUCGAGUCCGUUGACGUUCAAGUUGCUGGCCACAAGUCCAAGUCCGAGGAUCUGCGUGCUCAUGUUUCAGAGGGAGUUUGCGAUGCGAUUAUUCGCGAAGGCAGGGGACAAGUUGUACAGUCGGCUGAGUGUGAAUGCACAGAUGUGGGCGAAGAUUGAUCAUAUUAUGAAAGUGGGGAAGAACAAUUUCAAGCCUCCGCCACAGGUUGAGAGCAGUGUUAUCAGGAUGGUGCCGAAGAAUCCGCGACCGAAUAUCUCGUAUGACGAAUGGGAUGGAUUGUUGAGAGUGUGUUUUGUGCGGAAGAACAAGACGUUGAGGGCGAAUUUUCUUGGUACGACUUCGGUGAUCAGCAUGUUGGAAUCGAACUACAGGACUUGGUGUGCUCAGAACAGUGUAACGCUUGAGGAUGGGCCUUCGACCGAGACCAAUACAGAUGCGUUGAUGGAGAUCGACAACGUACCAGCCACAACUGCAGACAACGAUGAGUGGAAUGGAUUUGGCUCCGACAACGAAUCAGUAGGAGGGAUGCCCGUCGCAGCAAUGGAUCUGGAUAUGGACGACAUGGACGAAGACGAUCUUCCUGCGUUCUUCAAAGAGCAUCGCGACCACAUCGAGCAGCAGAAGCAACAGCACCCCAAGACGCAAGCACGGAAGAAGAGAUCCAAAGUCAACGAUCUCGUGCGUGAAAAGAUUCGAAUCGUGUUGGAAGACAAGACGACUCUGGCCGAUAAGCGCGCGAGAAUGUGCGACGAGGGCGACUUCCUGAAGCUAUUGUGGUCUUUCAACCAAGAGGGCAUUCAUUUCGUGUGA